AUGUCUGCCUUCGUUCGCGUCUCAGGACCGCCGAAUAGCAACUUCCUAGUUGGCUACCCGGGCAUUUCAGCCACCCUCCCUCGAAUAGAGGGCAAGGUCGAGAUCCGUCCCAAAGCUGGCAUCUCCGCCCCCGUCAAUGUCUCGCUCGUCACCAUCGCAUUGCACCGCCGCGAGACGAUCCAUCCCUCGGCCGACUCCGUCACCAAGAAGCACCUGGCUGCCCCGCGCAAGGAAAUCACCGACAUUGUCGGCAAGGAGAUGCUCUUGUACCGAUGUUCGCCUGGGCGGGAAUUCGAGAGCAUACUAUGCAUGGACCUGCCCUUUGUCAUCUUCAUACCCUAUGGCCGCGGCGGUGAGGAAGUAGCAAGGAGGGUGCCGCCUGCCAGCUUACAGCUACCGAGUCGAACAGCCGAAACUUUCUACGAGCUCGUCGUGACAGUGCAGCAGGGCCCGCAGGAGCAGAAGAAGCACCCCUUCGCCGUACCCAUACAACGAUACGACACCCUCUCCACCUUUGGCAUGUACAACCGGCCUGAGAGCGCUGAGCGUGUGACCGACCAUCUUGUUACCCUUGGCAUAAGCCUUCCGCGAUGGAGCUACGGCCCACUCGACCCAGUUUCCGUCUACAUCAAGCUGAGCCCAAACCCAGACUGGCUGAACAAGGCGAGAAAGGUCACCAUUCAAAAGAUCACCGUGGGCAUAGACGAGGAGAUCAUCUUCAACCACGAGGGAGAUGAGCCAACACGCAAGGUCAAAACAUUAGCCAAGACGACGCAGGCCGUGGGCGUCAAGAUGCCCGAAGCCGGCUACUUCACAAACCUUGGCCUGGUCUUUCCCGCAAAAGAUCUACGAGACAAUGCAGGUAUCAUACCGCGAGGGCAGAAAGAGUUUCCCAUGUACGCUGUCAAUGGCUUCACCACAACCGGCACUCUGUACAAGAUUGAGUAUUAUCUCACCGUCAAGGCGCAAAUGUCAUCAGCGAGAGAUAUUCUGCUCCGUCAGCCCAUCGUUGUAUGUCCGUUUGAUCACGCUGGCUGCAAAGAGGAAAUGGAGGCUAUCGAACAGGCCGCCAAGGAUGCCGCACACGUAACACCAGACAACCCCAUGCUACCCGCUAGCACUAUUGUUCGAUCUACUGACCCGGAAGGCCUGCGCGCACUGGGCAUGUCGAUUGUGCAAGGCAAACGCAAACCGCUAAUCGAGUGA